AUGGCAGUCUCAUCUAUUCAGGACAGAACAAACGAAUUCAGAUCGGUCCUAACACAAGUACAAAAGCGGCAAGCAACAUCAAAAUCCAGCACACAGAGACAGUCCCUUCUUACGGAAUCUGAGAAGGUCGCAGCAAAUGCUAACGAAAAUGGUGACUCGAAACCUCGCAGAUCAGAGUUUGCAAGGAAAGCUGCAGAAAUUGGAAGAGGAAUUGCAUCUACCAUGGGAAAAUUAGAAAAGCUGGCGCAGUUGGCAAAGAGAAAGACGCUUUUUGACGACCGACCAGUAGAGAUUAAUGAGCUGACAUCGAUCAUUAAACAAGACCUUUCCGCAUUAAAUCAACAAAUUUCAAUGCUCCAGAGCCUCUCCAGAUCCAAACAUACAAAGGCAGAUCAGGAAGGGGAACAUAACAAAAAUGUUGUGUUCCUAUUACAGGGAAAGCUAACGGAUGUUUCUGUAAACUUUAAGGACGUCCUUGAAGUUCGAACUAAAAAUAUACAAGCCUCGCGAGCCCGCACUGAAAAUUUUGUGUCCUCGGUAUCAGCUCACAUUCCUCCCACCAUAUCACAGUCCGCCUCUCCUUUGUAUAGUGCCCCGAAAAGGGGCUCAAUAGGAGCAGGCCAAGAUCUAUUAUCACUAAGUCCGGUUGGGGAUCAACAGCUCUUGAUGAUGGAAGAAGCACAACCUCAAAAUUCUUACAUUCAGCAGAGAGGUGAGGCAAUUGAGGCGAUAGAACGUACAAUUAGCGAGCUUGGUGGUAUCUUUGGUCAACUUGCAACGAUGGUAUCCGAGCAGAGUGAGAUGAUUCAACGUAUUGACGCAAAUACAGAAGAUAUUGUAGACAAUGUAGAGGGAGCUCAGAGAGAACUUUUAAAAUACUGGUCGCGAGUAUCCGGCAACCGCUGGCUGGUAGCCAAAAUGAUGGGAGUACUAAUGAUAUUCUUCCUGCACAUUAUGGGUUCUUAUUGCAGGUUAACCAAAAAAUCCGAUAGUAAUGGAAUACGGAGGAUAAUCUUUCUGUAUUUUCCAGAUUAUGAUUAUUAUCAUGAUUAA